UGCAUUUCCAGUAAAUCUUUCGAAACGCGACUUUUGGUGAUCUAGUGCCUGCUGCCGACACUGAGACUAUGAAGCUGCUUGUGUUUUGCCUUUUUGCAGUCUGCUGCUGUUCUCUGGCCAACUCAACAUCAAACAGGAUUUUGCAGAGGAAAAAGUUACAAGAAAUCCUGAAACAGCUGAAGGAUGUGAGACAAAGCCUGCAGAUGCAGCAGAAUGAUCAGAUGCUGAAUACUCCAGAGAACAUUGGGGACUGCUGCAGUCUGUCAGCCUUGGAAUGCUUUCGGGCUAAUCUGCAGGUGAAAUUCAACAUGACAAACAAGAAACACAUCAAAUUUUACAGGAGCCUCAACAAUACCAUUACUGUUCAAGGUUUGGACUUUUGUAAUUCACCAAAUGGGAAGUCCACCUGCCCAGACUGCCUCUCACAUCCAAUGAAAAAUGCCAAUGAGUUUUUCAACGGACUGAUGACUCUUAUUCAAAAGGGAAUCACCAGACUGAACAGCAUGAACUGAGAAGAGGAUGACCAAGUGACCAAGGAUUGAAUGUAGAGAAGACACUACGCUGAAAAGAUGCUAAACAUGUUAUAGCCUUCUAAAUAUUUAACUAUAUACUUAUUUAAUAUUUAUUUAGAUAGUGGUGAUGAACCUACUCAAGCUAUGGAGAAGGUAUUCUCAUGAGAGCUGCUGUGCUGCCACCCAGUGGACGUUUUUGGAUUUUCUUUUUCACUGAAAGUGAAAGUUAAUUUAUUUGUUGUAGUUCUCAAAGAAUAUAAAGUAUAUACUGACAUUUAUACUGUGUAUGACGUGCUUAGUACUGACAUUUUUUUGAUCGAAAAAAUUGUGUCAUCUGAAUAUAUUAAACUGAUUUUAACACAGA